AUGGACCCGGUGUCAGGACAGAGUCGAAAAGACUGGAGGGAGAAAGUGGAUUGCACGGUCGAGCCCUCACUUCGGUGUUCCACUUUACAGCCCCUGGUCCACGCAGGAAAUGACCAGGUUUUUGAACUACAGCAGCAGCAGCAGCAGCAGCAGCAGCAGCAGCAGCAGCAGCAGCAGCAGCAGCAGGAGCAGCAGCAGCAGCAGCAGCAGCAGCAGCAGCAGCAGCAGCAGCAGCAGCAGCAGCAGCAGCAACAGCAACAACAACAAGAACGACAACACCCCAACAGGGGUCAUAAGAGCACGGAUGACGACUGGGCAGCCAUGCCCAGCGCGCAUCUACUUGAAGGAAACCCAAUUACCAGCCACACAUUCACACACAACCAGUCACCCGUUUUAUACACCUACACUACUUACACCGAGCGAGCAACUGAUAAUGGUUGCACUUUCUCGACUAGCUGA